AUGGCCAUAACGAAACGCCCGCGCGACAAUGCGUCCACCGACCGCGCCGCAAAGAAGCACAAGAAGGGUUUCAUCGUCGGCCCUCAAAAUCUGCCCGACGGCACCCAUCGUCGCAAGAGUACGUACGCGCCCGUGUCUUCACAUGGCGCCGUCACACACGCUGACAAUCUUUCCCUCACAGCCAUCCAGAUCAAGCGCAAUCUGAUCGAAAAGGCGAAACUGAAGAAGGAAUAUGCAAAGCAAAAGCAACAAGCUGGAGACGACCAUCAACCAAAGCGACCAGCAACAUAUGCCACCACAGAGGACGAUGAACAAGACUCGCCAGAUGAGGUCGACGCCGAACAAGGGGUCCAAGAGGAGGUGAAAGCGCCGCGACAAGCAAGACCGAAGCGAAAAUCUCCAUCGCCAGCCCCUGCCCCAGUCGCAGAAGCACCUUCAGAAAACACCGAGUCAAAUCUCUCGGGCAUACACCACAGUCGCCGUCAAAAGAUCAUCCCCUUCGCCAAAGAACACCGCGCCGCCCAGCGUCAAAAGAGAGAAACCGAGGACCGUCGCGCCGCCUACGAGCGCUCACAACAAGAAAGAGCGGAAAAGACGGAAGAAAGAGAAAGAUUCAGAAAAGCAAUGGCAAAAGCAAGGAGUGGCGGCAAAAACGGCCAGAGGAAGCUGGGAAGAGAGAGCACCGUCUUGCUCGAUCGCAUCAAGAGGAUGGUUCAGCAGUGA